UCGCUGUCCUCUUUUCAUCGUACCAGUUCAUUUUGUAUUGAAAGCGAAGCGCGUCGCGUCGUCACGUCGGCCAGCCCAGAGCGGCAGAAGCAGCAGCGGCGGGUAGAAGAAGAGGAGACGACCGGAUAAUACUCUCCCUAUUUAUCCUUUUUAUUUCCUCUUCGCUGGACUUACUUGGUUUCUCGUUUGAAUCUGUCGGGUUUUAUCGGUACAGAGUCGUUACAUAAGGUGAACAACGGACAGAGAUGAGACCCGGAUAGCGGCACUAAACGCGCAUGUGCUGCCAGGCCGACUCUCACAGGCGGAAAACCUCCAUGUGUGUUAGCGCCAUCACGGUUUUUUAAUUUUAAAAAGAGGGUAAUUUAUUCCAGUAGCUUGUGGAGCUUCAUCCGAUGCUGUACCCCUCACUAUUGUGUGAUUUCACUGAACUAGGAGGCUAACGGUCGCGCCGCUGCCCUGCCGCUUGAUGAGCCGCGUGAGCGUUACGGGAUGAUGCGCAGAAGAAACCUCCACCUCCAGCAGACAUUCAGGCGUUAAUGGCUCAUUAUACCCGUCAAAACCACCUUUAAUAACAAGGUUGUGUGAUAUAAAACACAGCCUCCUAGUGUGUGUGUGUUUGUGUGUGUGAAGCUACCGGGCCCUGUCACAAAACUGUCCUGCACGCGCAGAAUGGGCCCGUGUCUUAAUUUGGAAAACAAAGAAUUAGGCUGCUGAAGAAGAAGAAGAGGAGGAGGAGGAGGAGGAGGAGGGAGGGUAAUCUGGUUAGAUAAGCUUAUUUUACCGUUUUUAAGGUGCUUAUAGCCACACAGUCUGGACUCUAACUGCUCCUUUCUGGCCUCCUCAUUUGGAGUAUUUCCCCUUCACGUUUUUUGUUCUUUCUCCGCACCGCCCCACCAUGAGCGGUGACACCGGGGACUCCGGGCCGGUGGAAGUGGAGCCCAUGCCGGGAUACUUGUACCUCAUCAACCGGGCCUCCACCGUGAUGUUUGGCGCCUGGAGAGACUGUAGCUCCUGCGGGCUGGAGCUCUCCAAACGGACUCUCCUGGAUAACGCUUACAUUACCUUUACCGAAAUCGCCCUGUUCUUCUUUUGCGCCUUUUUGUGGACGCAGGUCAGGCGGGGACUGACAGAAAGUCUGUUUCAGCCUCUGGCUCGGUGGUGCCGGCUGCUGCCCAAAGAUGCUGCCAAGAUGCCGGAGAGCGCGUGGAAGCUGGUCUUCUACACCAUGUCCUGGUCCUACAGCACCUACCUGCUCUUCUUCACCUCCUACUCCUUCUUCCAUGACCCCCCCUCUGUCUUCUACAACUGGCAGAGUGGGAUGUCAGUGCCUGCAGACAUCGCCAUCGCCUACCUGAUCCAGGGCAGCUUCUACGGACACUCCAUCUACGCCACGGUCUACAUGGACGCCUGGAGGAAGGACUCUGCCGUCAUGGUGGUCCAUCACAUCAUCACUCUGGCUCUCAUCUGCUUCUCCUACGCCUUCAGAUAUCACAACGUGGGGAUCCUGGUGUUGUUCCUGCACGACAUCAACGACAUCCAGCUGGAGUUCACCAAGCUCAACGUGUACCUGAAGUGCAGAGGGGGGGGGUACUUCCUGCUCAACGACGUGCUGUCCAACAUGGGGUCCGUCAGCUUCAGCAUCACCUGGUUCUGGUUCCGCCUGUACUGGUUCCCUCUCAAAGUCCUGUACGCCACCUGCGUGUCCAGCCUGCAGUCCGUGCCCAACAUCCCCUUCUACUUCUUCUUCAACACACUCCUGUUCACGCUGCUGCUCAUGAACAUCUACUGGUUCCUGUUCAUUGUGGUGUUCGUGGUGAAGGUGCUGAAGGUGAAGGAGGUGAACGACGUCAGAGAGUACGAGGAGGAGGAGGGCGGCCGCGCGGUGCUCAGAGAAAAGAACAACAAGCAGGAUGAUGCUGGACAUCACAACGCUGCACCGGGGAAGCACGUGCAGAACGGGGUCACCAAAGAGAAGCAUCUAUAACAGCGCCCCCACCAGGCGGCUCGCUGCACUGCAGACAGGAAGUGAGAUCAGGCUGCGAGGAGUUUCUACUCUUUUUAUUUGUUUAGGAACAUUUCAUUUCAUCGCUGUCGUUUGUUUUUAUUAGAGCACUGUGAAUGUUAUUCCAGCUGACUUUUUGUCCUAUUGUUGCUAACUUUUACAUUUGAUAGAUUCAGUAGAAAUGUUGAAACAUCACGAGCGUCAGAAGUGGGAAAAGUUUAUUUAAAAAAAAAACGGAAAAUACUCGAGAUUCUUUUAGGGCUGUGUUUGCCGUGAGUGGAAUAAUUAAUCCUCCGUCCAUCUUCUCUUACGUGAAGAGAAAAGGCUAAAAAAAAAAUCCAAAUUCAAACGAGAAAUAUCACGUUUUUUCUCACCUCCAUAUUUCACAUCUGCAGCAGUGAUGAAACCACACGUAUUGAUUUUCAUAUCAUCGCACAAGUCAGCGGUGGCGUCCAUUACUCUGAAUUAAAACGCCACAUUAGAGAGUGUGUGUGUGUGUGUGUGUGUGUGUGUGUGUGUGUGUGUGUGUGUGUGUGUGUGUGUGUGUGUGUGUGUGUUAGGUGUUUCAGGAUGGAUGUAGCUGAUAAACUCUUUCACAACAUUUCACCUCUCAGUUCCUCUUAUCUCUUUUUGCUGACGAUCAACCGGCUUUGGAAGUAUUUAAAGUACGGGAAAAGCUUUUUAUUGUUUUAUUUGUAUUGUUCCUACGUGUGUGUGUGUGUGUGUGGCAGAGCGUCUGCACUGACAUGAAGGCAAACAAGCCGCUUGCUGGUUUAAUGACGGCAAAGAGCUAGAAUUGAUUGACGGGGACUUAUCCGCAUCGUUUAGAUUUGUUUGAAACAAAACGGAUUUAAUUUAUGGCGGGCGGCUAUUUACAGAAAAAUUGGAAGAAUAGCCAAAAAAACUUGUGUAAAGAUAAAGAUCAGUAUGAUAUAAAAGAAUAAAUAAACAUUAUGUAUGCACACAUUAUUCAGGAAUGCAUGACAUCGAAUGAUUUUUGAGAAAUAUUAUCUCACAAACAAUGAAGAAAAAAAACCCUCUCGCUAUGUAAUCAUAUCUUUAUUAAUGUCUAAAAAACUGAACAGUGAUCUUUCUUUGAAGCAGCAGCGACCACUCGACACGAAGAACUAUAGAUAGGGCUGGACGAUAUGAAACUAGUCAAAUUAUACCAUAUGUGGAAUUAAGGACUUGAUUGGAAGAGGCAGUUACUAUAAAAGUGUGUUUGGGACACGUUUGGAAACGAGGGGAUUUAUCUCGAAGGGGUUUAAUCUGAGAAAAUACAUUUCUGAAAAAAAAGGCUUUGGACCUUUUUGGUUUAAAAGAACUCCUUUAUCUGUACUUUUUUAGUUUUUAAACUAUUCAAUUAUACAGUGAAAGACCCCCUACUGGUUUACUUUAAUGUUUUUUUCAUCAAUAUCACUCAACAGCACAAUGCAAUAUCUCCUGUAAUGCAGCAUUUAAAACCAGAGAUACAACAAUUACAAUAUCUCAAAUCUAAGGUAAUAUAUGUGUGAUAUAACAGUGUGUGAUUAUCCUCAAUAUGUUAUUUAAUAAUGCAUAUUUAAAAAAUAUAUAUCAGGCACAAAUAAGGAUAAUUUUGUCCUAAAAAUCCACAUAUGGGAAGAUUUUUAAAGUCAUCUGUAAAAACUAAUGAAACUAUUAAAUAUAUUAAAUAUCUAGUCUCUUAUCAUGAUAUAGUGAUUUAUAUUAUCCAGCCCUACUGACUAAUACAUGAAAACAGGUGUGUGAUGAGCCUCAAUUUGGCAUUUAAAAACACACAUUUUAAUAUAUAUUUCAGACACAAAUGAUGGGAUGAUUGUGUCCCAUAAAUCAGACUGUUCUCUGUAAUUCUUCUGUGUGAGUGCACGCUGCUGCUGCUGCACCCGUUAUAUUUUGAAAGGGAUAUUUUCUACACUUCCUCUCGAUCAAAUUCCAGCUUGUUGUUGGAUGAACGGCGGGCUUGUGCUGCUGGAGCCGCAGAUGCUUUCUGUCUGUCUUCCACAUUUACAACCCCCCCCCCCCCCCCGAAACAUCAUGGUGAGGGGCGGGGUUACAACUAAUUUUAUAUUUUAUUUCUGUAGUCAUUUGUUUUGUUUUUUGAAUUGCUGCUGUUUUAUUCCCUCUGAGAGCACUGUUAGUAUUCCAGUUGUGAUCUGGCUCAGCUGUACUGUAGAAAACACGGUUCUUACCCAACAUGUGUAGUGUCAGACAGGAAGUGAGACUGAAACACAUUCGGGGUUUCUUGUUCUUUUUCGUGACAGGAAGUGAAGUUUGCAGUAAACCCACAAACACCCAACAUGUGGAUUAGGUGUGUCUCAUCCCUGAAGUCUGGUAUUUACAAAAUAAAAACAUUCCUACAGUCUUAAGGGGACACAAACGCACCACCAUCAGACGGUUUAAAAUGUGUUUAUUUUGCAUCUUAAAACCUUAAAUAAUGAUUUUUACUUUGAUAGAUUACUCCAAAUACAUCUGCAGCAACUACCAGAUGUGCGUUGGAUGACAGUUAAUUUAAUGUUCUUUAACUUUACAUGUCAGUAUGAUUUAAAAAAAUGAAUUUCAUACACGUCCCCCACCCCUACGCACCACAAAAGACGAUUUAUUUUCAGGAUUUUCAGCCAGAAACGUCCGUACCGUUAGGAACCUAAAGUGUUUGUUAGGAACAAAUCAUGAUUUAAGUUAAGAAAUGUCAUUUCUGGCAACAAGGCCUGCAGGAAAAUCAAAAAUAAAAGGAACAUUUUCUUUUAAAUUGAUCAUUUAUUUAUCUUUCUGUAUUUAAUUGGAUUAUUCUUAUUUAAAUGUUCUUAAUAUUGCAUGUGAAGCUCAGUUCAGACCGACAACUUGUGGGAUAUUUGAUGUUUAAACCCUGUUUCUACACAUUAAGGGAGAAUUCCUCAUUUCAUGAAGAACUUUAGUGCAAAAUGAACACAAGUUUUGAGUCAAAUUAAAAGUGAAAUAAACACCUUAAUUUGAAAUCUGGUUGUUUUCAUUCCACUAGUCUGAAAGAUGACAUGUUAUAAAAGCAAAUUAGACCAAAAAAAAAGUGACAUUUUACCAAUUGUUUCUUAUUUUAAGAUCAGGAAGUGACAACAAAGAGUGAUUUUGACUUUUUUCGAUGUUUCUUGGUAGAUAUGACGUCUGUACGAGUUGUCUGUCUGAAUGUCGCCUUUGACACAUUGUCCCUGCGAGUGUUUUAUUUGUGCCAAACGUCCACCUAAAAUAAUUUGUCGGGCGUUUGUGGGAGCUGACGAGACGAAGCGCUUAGAGAACGACGGGCAGAAAACGCCCUGCAGGUAUUUCUUAUAAAUUGCACUGUAAUUUAUUAGUAUUAUUUUUAUUGUUCAAUAGGAAGAUUAGAAAAAGGGAAGGGGAGAAUUUGGGGGGGAUUUGUGUGACUUUGUGGGAAGAAUCAGUAAAUACAAGUGGGUUUAAGUGGAUCACUAUUCACUGUAUGAUAAACAAAUUACACUUUCUUUGUUUGUUUUAAGGAAAUCUGACCACUUUUUAAAUCUGAAUUGAUAAAAACAUGCUCUUUUGUAAUGCAAUUUUAAUACCAUUCAGCCAAUGUUAUCAUUUCAUUUUCUCCCAUAAAAUAAAACAUGUCAGUAAACGAAA